ACGAGCUUCUUAAACUAAUGGCAAACGUUCCUUUGACUGCUGAGGAAGAAGCAGAAGCGCUUGAGACUUAUGUACAUCAAGAGUCGGAAUCGCGGAUUUCAAAGAAUCCUGAUUUGGACCGAGUUGCCUUGGAGGAAGAACUUAAAGCUCAGUGGCCUGCCUUUGACAUUAGCACAAAGCGCAGUUACCUUCAAAACAAACUGGGAUUAUUCCAAUCUUCUGCCCAGUCUGAUAGACCGAAACGGAAGAGUUCAGUGAGCAUCGAGUUUACUCCGAAGCCCUGUCUGAAGAAAUCAAAGGACGAAACAUCCGCAACCAAGCCACAUAAAAAGAAACCCACAGACGGGUCUGCAAAAAGCGGCGACGAACCACGCGAGUUGGACAUCGAGAUCCAUCGUCUUAUCGUCUCUCCGGCGCAAUAUCGGUGGCAGCCAGUAUGUCCCGCGUGUGAAGUCUACUCCAAUGUUCCCGGUCAAAUGGUGAAAUGCCUCGGCCCUUGUGGCCGUUUGGUACACCCAUCCUGCAUGCGAUACAAAACACCGCCACCACCAGAUAACAACCGUCCAGACAAGUUCAAGUGCUCUGAAUGCUUGAGUGGUGAUUAUCUUUGCACUAUCUGUGGUAAACCGGCAGACCCAAAGGCAAAAGGAAAUCUGAAUUGCCUGUAUUUAUGUCCAGUUCGUGAUUGUGGUCGACAUUUUCAUCGAGAUUGCGCGCUCGAAUGGCCGGGAACCGUAUGUAGACCAUCCCUAUCCGAGCACAAAACGAGUCGUUCCUCCGCCUUCCAGUUGAUUCGCUGUCCUGCACACUGCUGCCAGACCUGCUGGUUGGAACGAGACCCGUCUGCUCCCCAGCCGACCACAUCAGAGACUCCUCUGCUUCAGUGUGUGCGGUGUCCAGCUGCAUUCCACACCGGUGAUUUGUGUACGCCGGCCGGAUCCGUAGAGGUGUCGUUGUCCCAUAUUGUUUGUCCACGGCACUACGAAGACACUUUGGUUUCGACCCACGGUUUUAAAACCCAACAUCCAAACUGGUGCUUCCAGUGUUUCAAUACUAUAGCUGCGGAUAAGGUGUUGUGUCAAACUUGCCCAGCAACAUACCACAAAGAAUGCAGUCAGUCUGCUCCCAACGAUGGCAACUUUAUUUGUCAGUCUUGCAGAAACGGAGUGUUUCCACGUUAUGCUCAAAUCAUUUGGGCUAAGAUCAUGCAUUUUCGUUGGUGGCCCUGUGAAAUUAUUCACGCCCGCAACGCUCCCAUCAAUAUCCUCAAUAUGACUCAUCCUGAGGGCACGUUCCCCGUGCACUUUUUGGGCUCGGACGAGUAUCAGUGGGUAGCUCGGGGUGCUGUUUUACCCUACGAAAUCGGCCUCAAGUCUUCCGCCGCGAAAGACAGUCACGGUACGAAGAGCGUGGAAAAAGCGUUCACGCGUGCAUUGAAGCGCGCACCGAAAGCCUAUCAACUAUACGUCAACCAUGUGCUCAAACGAGGUUUACCAUUGACUUCUAUGCAUGCCGAUCCUUUGCCGGAUGAGGAACUCUUGCCACCGGCAUCCAUGGACGCUGAUGUUGGUAUCCAUCCGUCUUUGGAAGAAGAAAGUAAAGCACUUGCACUGGCUGAACUGACACCAUUGCACAGCAGUAUUUUCCCUGAAAAACUGUGGCCUAAACUUCACAAACUCAUUACUUCCAGAGUUCCAUCCUCGCCUUGUUCUUGUGCGACCUCAUCAAGUACAAAUACUAUGUGUUCAAACAAGUCCGGUUGCAUUCAUGUACGGAAUCGAGCCGACUGUGCCAGUGCAGUUUGCUCCUUUGGGACCAAGGACUGUGGUAAUAGACGGUUCGCCCAAAUGCUUCUCACAUCCGAGGCGGAUCGGGUGACCUUAUUUCGGACUGUCAAUCGUGGCUUCGGGUUGAAAGCCAACAAAUCGUUCAAAUCAGGUGAUUUAGUCACUGAAUAUGUCGGAGAAAUCAUCACACUGGACGACGCCAAUAAGCGAAUUCUCGAAGCUCUUGGUCCAAAUGCACUGGCAAACAUCAGUUCGUCACGAAAAGGCUUUCAACCACUAGCCGAAACCUAUCUUGCCCGUCUCAGUUCCGAUCUGGAUUUCGUUGUAGAUGCGCACAAACAGGGUAACCUUUCCCGAUUCAUCAACCACUCCUGUGAACCGAAUUUGCAGGCUGACAAUUGGCUUACUGGAGAAAAACCACAUGUUGGUCUUUUCGCCUUGAAGGCAAUCGCGCCAAACGAGGAGUUGACCGUUGAUUACCGGACUUCGCAGUUUCUUUCCACUGGUUUGAUGGGGGCAGCCUCUCUCUGUUUAUGUGGCGCAGAUACAUGCGCCAGCACGCUCAACUUACCAAAAAGUUUUGAAUCGGUUCAAUCCCACGUUGCUGAAGUGCCGGUGUCCUCGCAAUCGGCGAUUAACGAACGUCGGAAGUCGAAGGCAAAAGGGUCUGCAUCCGAAACGCCUGCAGACACAAAUGCUAGCCGGGGGUCUCUCUCAACAACAAACGAAGAAGUGGCAGAACAAAAGCCGCAGGCUUUCUCUGUGGUCAGUUUACUUGCGGCAGCCUCAACGCAUGCUUCGGCUCGUCGGGACCGCGCACUCAUUCAACCAACAACUGCAGCAGCACGAGCCGCCAUGUCCAAGGCCAAGCUUCCGGCGCCUCAGCCAGACAUUGCGCACGAUCAGUAUGCUUUGCUUGGUCUGCGUCCUCCACCACACGAAGAUUUUUGCUACAGAUGUGGGGACGGGGGUGAAUUAUUGCUUUGUGACAAGAGCAGCUGCCCUAAAUCGUUCCACCUGAAUUGCUUGGGACUGUCCAGCCCACCUAGUGGUAUUUGGUACUGCCCUUGGCAUUAUUGUGAUCAAUGUGGACAUCCUUCGACUCACUUGUGCUGGCGCUGUCCAAACUCAUACUGCUUGGACCACGCGCUCGAUUCGAAGAUCGAAGUGGAUGACUUGGAUAAGGAACGGUGGGAUCUUGCAAAGACCGGCCUGAAUUCUAUCACUAGCUCAACAAUCAUCUCCAGUUUCCGUUGGAUUUGUACCGAUCACGAGGGCAUGAAAAUCACCGGUCCAGGCCACCGACCUCAGCUCGCGGAUUCAGAUAAAAAACCCACGGGCAAAGGAAUAAAGGCAGCAAAGGGAAUCAAAGAAACCACAGAAAACUUAACUGCAGAGGAAAUCGAGAAUGUUCAGCCGGAGAUUGUCACAUUGAAGCGGAAAUUAAAGACUGAAACGUUUGCGGCGGCUAACGAAACAUCGUCUUCACCGAGCGAUGCAUCUUCCAAGACGACGGCAAUGAAUGGAAUCCGUAAAAGACCGUCGGUUGUCAGUCCCGCUCUGGAUAAAAAACGACCCCGUUUACACAAAGACUCGUUACCGAAAU